AUGAUAAAGGACAUAGCUCAAGAUUAUGGGAUAAAGCUUCCAAAUCUCAAGGUAUGGCGGGGGAAGGAGAUCGCAAUGAUUGAGUUGCAUGGUACCGAAGAAGAUGCUUAUAAUCGGUUCCCAGCAUACCUCAAUCACCUAUUAGAGACAAAUCCGAUAAGACAUGUGACAAUGCAAAAAGGGUCAGACAAUAAAUUUCGUCGAGUUUUCAUAUCACUUGUUGCUUCAACAUAUGGCUUUAAAAAUGGAAACUGUCCAAUUAUCUUCCUUGAUGGAACACAUUUGAAAGCUCGAUUUCUUGAAAACUUGAAAAAUGCUAUUGGGAUGGAUCAACCAAUCACAUUUAUUUCCGAUAGACACAUUGGGCUCGUCGACAAUGUAUCAGAUGUGUUUCGAAAUUCCCAUCAUGCUUUUUGUGAGCGUCACAUGACAAAAAAUCUUAGGAAUGGCAUGAAACAUAUUCGCAAUGAUGUUAAAAAUGCCAUUAUAUCUGCUUUCCAAGGUGUCACACGUUCAUUUUGGCGAGAGGAGUUCAACCUAAGGAUAGCAGACAUUCAAAACUAUUCUCAAGAAGCAUUUACGUGGGUAGCUACAUCAACUCCAGAGCGCUGGGCAACUUCAAUAUUUAGGGGAAAGCGGUUUGGACAAGUUACAACCAUUGUCGCAGAUUCCUUCAACAACUGGAUUCUAGAAGCUCGAGAACUCCCAAUAUUGUAA